AUGUUGAUGAGGCACAAUGAGGAGUGGCCAGAGGAAGGGGAACUAGAAUUGGAAGAGGAUGAAGAAAAGGCAGAGGAUCAAGAGUUGGUCGAUGAAGGGGAAAAACAACCUGAAGUAACCUGGAAAGUAGAUAAAGAUGGUCGGAUGAACUUCAAGCUCUCUGAUGCUUUCAAGAAAAAGGCAUGGAAACCAUGGAGAAAAGCCCUGAUUGUCAAAUUAUUUGGUAAGAAGUUGCCUUUGACUUUCAUGAAAAAAUGUUUAGAAAAUUUAUGGGAAAGAGAAGGAAAUAUUUUCAUCACUGAUAUAGAAAAUGGUUUCUUUUUGGUUAGCUUUUCGAAUCAAAAAGAUUUAGACCAUGCUCUUACAUCGGGUCCUUGGGUAAUUAUGGAGCACUAUCUUGCUAUUAGAUCAUGGGAGCCUGACUUCCAACCUUAUCCAGCAGCAAUUAAUAGAAUUACAGAAUGGGUUACAUUACCAGGAUUUCCUAUUGAGUAUGUUAAUUCAGGGCUGAUGAAGGAAAUCGAAAAUUGGAUAGGCAAAUUCAUUAAGGUAGAUGCAGCAACAACAUCGAUGGCUAGAGGUAGGUUUGCUCGAAUGUGUGUUGAAUUGGAUCUGACCAAACCCCUACAAGCUGAGUAUAAGGUAGAGGGCAGAAUCAAGCAAGUGGAGUAUGAAGGACUUCAUCUUGUCUGCUACUCAUGUGGCCAAUAUGGUCAUAGAGUAGAAAGCUGUCCAAAAAAAUGCUUACAUGAAGUGGGUGGAUCAAAUGAGGAGAUGAAUAAGGAGAUUACAGAGAAAGAAGAGGCCAGAGAGGAGCUUAGCAUCAAAAAAGCAAGGGGGAGUCAGUUAUCUAAUCUUUCAAGAGGAACAAAUUCAAGAUAUGCUAUCUUGGAAAAUGAAAAUGCAGAGAAGGAAAUUCCAGAUGAGCAGGAUAUAGUUGAAUUGGAGGCUAAUGAGCAGGGCAGAAAUGUUCAACCCAGGAAAAAUGAUAAGAAGAAGAAAAAAACAGUUGAAGACUGA